GGCGCAUGCGCCAGGGCGCGGGCACGAGGUCUUGGCGCAUGCGCAGCCUGGACCCUCCCAGCAGCCUAUAGCGCAAGAUGGCGCCGCUGGAAUCUCUACCCGUGGCCGUCUGAGGGAGGGCCAAGUGCCUGUGUCCGCCGCCGUGUUCCAGCUCCGCAUCGUUUCGCGAGAAGGCAGAGGCUGAGCCCCGGCGGGUGCGAUGGCCGCUGUGGUGGCCAAGCGGGAAGGGCCGCCGUUCAUCAGCGAGGCGGCGGUGCGGGGCAACGCGGCCGUCCUGGAUUACUGCCGGACCUCGGUGUCCGCGCUGUCGGGGGCGACGGCCGGCAUCCUCGGCCUCACCGGCCUCUACGGCUUCAUCUUCUACCUGCUCGCCUCCGUCCUGCUCUCUCUGCUCUUAAUUCUUAAGGCGGGAAGGAGGUGGAACAAAUAUUUUAAGUCGCGAAGACCUCUCUUUACAGGCGGUCUCAUCGGAGGCCUCUUCACCUACGUCCUGUUCUGGACUUUCCUCUAUGGCAUGGUGCACGUCUACUGAAAGGGGCGCGGGAUGACUUUUUUAAAAAACCAGAUUGGGAGGACUGUUGCCAGAAAUUAACACCGGGUACACUUAGUUUUUAAAUUGUUGAAUUCGCUGCUUGUUCUGUAACGUUAUAAAUAAUUUAUAUCUGAAGACGAAGCGCCUGUAAUACUCUUCAGAUUAAAGGAAGCGUCAGACA